AUGGCAUAUAGACUCCUUUACUUUGUGUACACAAGAAAUCGUUCAGAUAUUAAUGCAUUAAUAGCUGAACUUACUGAUGAAAUGAAAGAAAAUAAAGCAAUUAAACAUGCAUUAGAUGUCAGGUCAGCAUUGGCUACAUCAAAUUACCAUAAAUUCUUUGAUUUAUAUUCAAAGGCGCCUAAUAUGGGAGUAUAUUUGAUGAACCUUUUCGUUGAAAGAGAAAGAAUUGCUGCUUUGAAAAUUUUAUGUAAAUCAUUUAGACCAAAUUUGGAUUUAGAAUUUAUACGUUCUGAAUUAGCCUUUGAAAAUAUAGAAGAAUGUAUAAAAUUUCUUUCAGAUCAUAAUGCCUCUCAAUAUAUUAUAUCAAAUAGCACAUUAGAGACUAAAGGUGCACAAAAACCAAUUGAUGCGUGUAGUAAGAAAUUUGAAAAGGUUGACAUCAAGGGACAGAUUUGA